UGCGCGCAAGCUCGAUGGACGCGCCGUCAGCAGCGACGCGCGAACAGCUGACGGGGAGCAGCUACGAGGGAGGCUGCGGGCGUGCGGUGGAUCGAUCGUGCGAGUACACGAACCGCUGGACCUGCAAGUCCCCGCGGGUACAUGUGCGAAUAAGCGUCGCGCCGUUCACACGCCAUGGCGUUCCUGGAGUGGAGGCGCUUUAAUUUCUUCGACCUGAAGAAGGAAGUCGACGCGGGCAAGAUCGCUAAAGCGUUCGGGGAUGCGCAAGUCUCGGCGGCUACCAGCGGCAAUGGCAAUCUGGUGUUCGGGGACAACACGGGCAGCGUGCACUUGAUAAACAGGUCGUACGAGAUCACGACCUUUCGAGCUUACGAGAUUACGCUGGUGUUGGCGCAGCAAGUCCAACAUUCCACCUUCUUGUUCACCAUUGGUGAGGACGAGCCCGGAUGCAAUCCUACUAUAAAGGUUUGGAACUUGGCCAAACCUGAUAAGCAGGGUAAUCCAACGUGCGUUCGAAUAAGCAGAGCCAUACCUAGCUACAGGGCGGUUCCAGCGACAGCUCUGUGUGUACAUACUAGUCUGACAUUGAUGGCUAUUGGAUUCGGGGAUGGAUCUAUUAUGUUGUACAGGGGUGACCUGACCCGAGAGCGAAAGAAUAAGAUAAAGGUUUUGAAGGAUUCCAAUCUGUCUAUUACCGGCCUCGCGAUACGAGCGACCGGUAAGCAGACCUAUCUGUUCGUCGCUACACAAAAUUGUGUGUUCCUGUAUAAUAUCACCGUUAAGGAUAAGGAAUUCAAAUCUACCUUGGACACUAUGGGUUGCGCGCGAAAAUGCAGCGUGCUCGCCGAGUCUAUGCAGGACAGUCACUUUAUGAUCGGACGUAACGACGCUAUUUAUUGUUACACGCCAGACGGUAGAGGCCCGUGCUAUGCGGUAGAGGGUCAGAAGAUAAUGCUGGAAUGGUUCAGGACAUAUUUGGUGAUAGUGGCGAAAGAAGCGGCGAACGUUCCAAGAACAACAACGACUAUCUCCGCCAAACCCAACACAAUAGAACCGAUACCUCCUGGUGUCGACAAGCACAUCAUUACUGUGCUCGAUAUUCAAAACAAGUUUAUAGUAUUCUCCGCGCCUAUGGUGUCUGUCCAAGCGGUCCUAUCCGAGUGGGGUGGAUUUUUUAUACUUAGUGGAGAUAACAAAUUGUAUCAUUUAGAUGAGAAAGACUUGCAAUCGAAAUUAGCAUUGCUUUUCAAAAAGAAUUUGUACGAUGUUUCCAUAAGAAUAGCCAAAAAUCAGCAGUAUGAUGCGGAAGGUCUCAUAGACAUCUUCCGCCAAUACGGAGAUCAUUUGUAUUCCAAGGGGGAUCACAACGGUGCUAUAGAGCAAUAUAUAAAGACUAUAGGCAAAUUAGAACCGUCUUAUGUAAUCAGAAAAUUCUUGGAUUCCCAACAUAUCGAUAACUUGACGACGUACUUGCAAGCAUUGCAUAAAAAUGGACAGGCAACAGAAGACCAUACCACCUUGUUAUUAAAUUGUUACACUAAGCUUAACCAUACCGAUAAGUUAAAAGAGUUUAUUAUGACAAAGGAUCGCGAAGUUGAUUUUGACGUGGAAAUAGCGAUAAAAGUUUGCCGCCAAGCAUCACCGGAGGAUGCCCUAUUACUCGCACAAAAACACAGUAAACACGAAUGGUAUCUCCGUAUCCAAAUUGAAGAUAAACAGGAAUAUAAAAAGGCUCUGGAGUACAUGGCAACGUUAGAAUUUGAAGAGGCAGAAGCCAAUAUGAAGAAGUAUGGAAAUAUCCUAAUAGAAAAUGUGCCAAAUGAAUCCACACAAUUUUUGAAAGCCUUGUGCACAAACUAUAAACCUUCCAACAAACCUCUUGUAGAUCAGGAAGCAUUAAACGGCUAUACGGAACAGCGCGUCGAUAAAGCUAGUCCAGAAGACUUUAUUCACUUAUUUCUCAAUAAUUCUGAACGACUCGUAGAGUUUUUGGAGCAUUUAGUUAAAUCAGAUACGAGAUGGAGUACACUCAUUUACAAUACAUUAGUAGAACACUAUUUACACGUUUGGUCGGCAUUGGAUAACGAUGUGGCUAAACUACAGUACGAACAGAAAAUUGUACGACUUCUGCAGAAUUCUGAGGCCCGUUACGAUAAAGACCAAAUAUUAAUACUUUGUCAUCAACAUAAUUUCAGAAAAGGAUUACUGUUCCUUUACGAAGAGAGCAAAUUAUAUCAAGAAAUAUUGAGAUUUCACUUAUGCGAGGGAGAUAGUGAACAAGUUCUCGCCACUUGUAAAAGAUUUGGUCACCAGGACCCUAAUCUGUGGGUACAAGCUUUGUGGAGCGUAGCUAAAAACAAGGACGCACCAACGAAACUUCUCGCGGAUAUAUUAGCUUAUAUCGCUCAAGAAAGGCUGUUAUCUCCUUUGAUGGUCAUUGACGCAAUUUCCACAUCGUUGACCUGCACGUUGGGAGACGUCAGAAGUUAUUUGUGCAGUGUAUUACGAACGGAGAACGAGCAAACUCAAGCCGACGCGGAAUUAACAGAGAAAUACAGAGCCGACACUCUUAAAUUACGGGAACAAAUAGAGGCAAUAAAGAACAAUACGAUAAUCUUUCAAGGAUCGCGAUGUAGCGCGUGCCAUCAUCAGCUGGAAUUGCCAUCCGUGCAUUUCAUGUGUCAGCAUUCCUAUCACCAACAUUGCUUUCAAAGCUUUUCGGAAAAUGAGAAUGAAUGCCCGGCCUGCCUGCCGAACAACAAGAAAUUACUGGAUAUUAUAAGAGCGCAAGAGCAAUCAAGGGACCUGCACGAAACCUUCCACAGUCUUCUCGAUCGAGCGGAGGACCCAUUUUCCUUAGUAGCCGAUUAUUUUGGUAGAGGCGUUUUUAAGAAAUUAACAGUAAUUACUGAUACAGACAAAUCGUUACCUACGCCGACCAGGCUGGAGGAACCCAAGUUAAAUUAUGGCCCAGGUGCGGAGGCGAGACUCAGGUUAAACGAAGGAAAAAGUUCUAUCUCAGCAGGAAAAACGGAGCCUCGACGAGCUGGUUACGACGUCCCGACGUUAAUAACGGAGGAGCGUUUUCGGAAUUUUGUCAAGCCAGACGUGUAUUCCUCGUCGUUGGAGGCGAAUAUAUCGGGAACGGGAAGCGGUUUGUCUACGCCACGCGGCAAUUCCGCUAAGGCCUCGCCGGUGCCGAUCAGAGAGGCCCGUAUCUUAAACAGUACCACACCAAAGUCGUCACCGAUCGAAAAGCCCUUCGUUUCGUCGAAAGCCCUCGCUGCGCCAUCGAAUCCCUUUGAGACUGACGAUUAUGACGAAUCUAAGAAUCCCUUCGCCAAUGACGACGACGACGACGACGACGACGCGAAUAAUCCUUUUAAAGAUGACGAUGACAAUGAUAACGGUCGGGCCGGCAACGAUGACGGUGAUUACAACAGAAAUGUAAAUCCAUUCGGUAGGUAAACCGCGAGUGACGU